GGGAGCCAACCACCCAGCUCGUCUCAUCAGUCCUCGCCCUCGCUCGCUUUCUCACCCUUUCCCCUCCCCUUCGCCCCGCCCCGCCAUUAAUGGCGGCUGCAUCUCCCUCCUCCUGCUCCUGCUCCUCGUCCCCGUCCUACUUCUAGAAGCGACAGGCAGGCAGGCGGUAUCGGAGGGAGGGAGGCCCGGCCCCUAGCUGACGGUGGCGGCGCGAAGAAAGUUGUUGUUGAGCCCCACUUGGCUGGGCUGGGCGGUGGAGCCGUGCAGGCAGGCCAACGCAGGGUGCGUGACUCAGAAAGGGAAACCGCCGGCUUUUCUGCCGCCCCCCUCCUCCCCCACCACCACCCUCAUCCGCCCGCCCGCACUAAAAGGUCUCGCCUUUUUCUCCUCUCGCUUGUGCUUGUGCCUUGUGCUGUGCUGCUCCCCCAAAUCUCCCACCUCCUCCCUCUACCCUCUCUCUCUGUCUCUGAGAGAAACUGGGACACAGGAGAAGAGCUCUCGGCCCUGGGGGGAUCAAAGAUUCCAACCCAGAGCCGGCGGCGGCCGGGGCGGGGGACGGCGGUGGCGUUUCUGAUCGAGACCAAAGGAUCCGUUCAGCGGUUCACCCAGCGCGUGCGCGUCGCCAUGGGCAACUGCUGGGGCGCCAAGAUCAGCUCCGACAGCCCGUCCCGCGGCGCCAUCUCCCCAUCAGGGGCAACUUCCAAGUUCACUAGCAGGAAUGGGGCAGCAGCCUUGAGCGGCUGCAGUAGCCAUGCCUCAUCUGCAUCGAUGCUGCCAACCCCCCGCAGCGAGGAUGAGAUUCUGGAGUCGGCGAACGUCAAGGCCUUCACCUUCAAUGAGCUGAGGACCGCCACCAGGAACUUCAGACCAGACAGUGUGCUGGGCGAGGGUGGGUUUGGCUCGGUCUUCAAGGGCUGGAUCGAUGAGAAGACGCUUGCCCCGACUAGACCGGGCACGGGGAUGGUCAUUGCCGUCAAGAAGCUCAACCAGGAAGGCUACCAGGGUCACAAGGAAUGGCUGACUGAAGUGAAUUACCUUGGAACGCUUUCGCACCCCUAUCUUGUAAAGCUCGUUGGCUACUGCCUUGAAGACGAACAGCGCCUCCUUGUCUAUGAGUUCAUGCCGCGCGGGAGUUUGGAGAACCAUUUGUUUAGGAGGAGCUCCUAUUUCCAGCCACUGUCCUGGAACCUACGAAUGAAAAUUGCCCUUGGAGCAGCUAAAGGUCUUGCAUAUCUCCAUAGCGAUGAGGCCAAAGUCAUCUACCGUGAUUUCAAGACCUCUAAUGUCCUUCUAGAUGCGAACUUCAAUGCAAAGCUCUCUGAUUUUGGGCUUGCAAAGGAUGGUCCAACUGGUGACAAGAGCCAUGUCUCCACCAGGGUGAUGGGGACUCAUGGGUAUGCAGCUCCAGAAUACCUUGCAACAGGUCAUCUGACCACCAAGAGCGAUGUGUACAGCUUUGGAGUAGUACUCCUAGAAAUGUUGUCAGGACGCCGCGCACUGGACAAGAACCGCCCAAAUGGGGAGCACAACCUGGUGGAGUGGGCUAGGCCAUACCUGAGAAGUAAACGGCGCAUAUUUCGCAUCCUGGACCCCCGGCUGGGUGGGCAGUACUCCCUUGCUAGGGCGCAGAAGGCUGCAGCGCUCGCAUUGCAAUGCCUCUCAGUGGAGUCCAGGCACAGGCCCAGCAUGGACGAGGUGGUAACAGCCUUGGAACAGCUCCAGGACACGAAGGAAGGUGGUAACCAUCACCUACAGAAGAGGCCAAGCAGCCGGAGCAUGGACAACAAUGGUGUCAAAGCGGCAGUGAAGGGGAAGCCUGCUCCUUCUGUAAAACCAGUUUGAGUGAGUGGAUUAUAUGCUAGAGUAUUUUUUUCCCCUUUUGUAGGUGUAGGUAAUAUAGUAGGUUCAUAGAGGGAUUUGUAAAGAGGCUGAGUUCUGGAUGUUUUGUGUCUAUCAUGUAGUCUUUACAUUUUCAUGUCUUUGUAAAGCACAGUAUGUAAAUACAUAAUUGCAUCCAGUCCAGAGUGUUAUGAAAUUUUGUUCAAGCCAAACAGCUCAACCACUGUUAACUCUGCAA